AUGGUGUCGCGUGUGUCGAGGUCUCCGUCAACUCCUUCGGAGGGUGAGAUCGUCGAAUCGGGAUCAGAGACGAAGGCAACUACGUCGCAACCUCCUCUUGAAGGCAGCAAGGUUGACCGUCACACCAGAGACAGCACAGCAUCAUCUGCGCCCAGAUCGCCAGCGUCACGGAAUAGCAGGUCGCCCCGCCGGCACAGGUCAAAAACCCGAUCCCGUUCCCCCUAUCGAGACUCUAGGAAUCACAAGCGCCGGCGCGACGAUGAGCAUGACGACAGAUAUGGAUGGUACGGGUCUCGACGCCCCGGUCCCCGGUACGAUGAUCGAGACGACUAUGAUCGUGGCGGUCCGCGUAGGCGAGCAAGGCCUUACUAUGAUUACGAUCGUGAGGAAACUUACACCGGCAGUCUGCGCUAUAGCGACGAUUACGACCGGCGAAGGGAGAAGCAUCCGCGCACGCGGAGUCGCUCGCCGUACCAUGAGGUCAGGAAGCCCAAGAGAUAUGCGGGUGAUGACGAACAAGAGCAGAGGAGCGAAGAAGGCCCUGCCUCUCGUGGCAUGAGGCGACGCAGGUCUUCCACACCUGAACAGUCAGUGAGCGAGCGAGGAAGCACUCCAACCGUCGCUCAAGAUUAUAAGCGCAAUGCUGAAACUAGAGACCACCAGGUGCAGCAGGCUUCGUCUGACGCCGAUUCUCGUGCAUUAGACAGUACAAAUGAGCAACAACCGAUCGAGCCGCUUGAUGAGGCGGCGCAACUCGAAGCUCGCCGAAAACGACGUGAAGCCAUCAGGGCCAAGUACAGAGGCCAGGCUACACCGCUGCGUCUACAAGCGUUGAAUAUCGGCACAGUUACCGACUCUUCCACGCCUAGUACAGACGUGAAUAUACCCUCAACUGAUUGCUUUUCUGUAGAUUCCCCACGCUCUCCGGCUCCGACUCCGACUCAGACUUCUGCAGAAUCGUACUUAGAUUUCCAGGUUAGUGGAGAUGCCGAUUUGUUCAAUUCCACGGAGGUGGCGGAUGGUGUCGACAAAGAUGGGCCGUCUGCAGCAGAUUACGAUCCUACAAUGGAUAUGAAAGAGGAGCACCAAAAGCAUGGGAAUGGAGCCGGCGUGGACGAGUUGCCUUCGAGCGCAUAUGACGAGACUCGAACUACGAAGCAGGACCUUCUCCUGCCUGACGCUCCCCCAGCCUCGCUUCCAGCGGACCAGACAAAGGAUCCGUACGACAUGUUCGCCGAAGACGAUGACGAUAUGUUUGCCGAGGAAACAAAGGGGUCUGCACAACCCGCGCAUGCGUCCGCCAAGUCUGCAGUCCCCCAGGCGCAGGAGCUUGACAUCAGCAUGAUGGAUAACUGGGACGACCCGGAGGGGUACUACAACGUGCGGCUGGGUGAAUUGAUCAACGGUCGGUACCAUAUCCAGCAGAAUCUCGGCAAGGGGAUGUUCUCAUCCGUGGUGCGAGCGAUGGACUCGAGGACAAACAAACUCGUUGCGAUCAAGAUCAUCCGACAGAAUGACACGAUGAAAAAGGCCGGCCUGAAGGAGAUUGCGAUCCUCCAGCAGCUCCACGAGGCCGACCCAGACGACAAAAGGCACAUUAUCAAAUUCGAGCGUCAUUUCGACCACAAGGGCCAUCUGUGCAUGGUGUUUGAGAGUCUCAGCAUGAACCUGCGUGAGGUGCUCAAGAAGUUUGGACGCGACGUCGGGCUGAACCUGCGGGCGAUCCGAGCGUACGCCCAACAGAUGUUCAUCGGGCUCAGCCUGCUACGCAAGUGCAACAUCCUGCAUGCGGACCUGAAGCCGGACAACCUGCUGGUCAACGAGCAGCGGAAUGUGCUGAAGGUGUGCGAUCUGGGCUCGGCGUCGCCGGCGUCGGAGAACGAGAUCACGCCGUACCUGGUGAGUCGGUUCUACCGGGCGCCGGAGAUCAUCCUGGGGAUCCCGUACGACUACGCGAUCGACGUGUGGUCGAUCGGGUGCACGCUGUUCGAGCUGUACACAGGCAAGAUCCUGUUCACGGGGCGCAACAACAACCAGAUGCUGCGGUCGAUGAUGGAAUGCCGGGGCAAGUUCCCGCCCAAGAUGCUGCGGCGGGGGUCGCUGAUCCACCAGCACUUUGACGAGAUGCUCAACUUCCACAGCACGGAGGAGGAUAAGGUGACGGGGCGGCUGACGACGCGGGUGCUCGACUUCAAGAAGCCGCCGCGGGACCUCAAGACGCGGCUGAUCGGGAAGGGGAGUCGAGGGAUGAGCGAUGGCGAGGCGAAGGAGCUGGCCCUGUUUGUGGACCUGCUGGACCGGUGCCUCAGCCUCAACCCGGAGAAGCGAUGCACGCCCACCGAGGCGUUGAAGCAUCCUUUUCUCGCCAAGGCCAGGUAG